CUGCCAAGCUCCUGCUGCCGACAGCUUGACGACAGCCCGGGCCAGACUGCAGACUUGCAGACUGCAGAGCGGCCGGCGACCUGCGCUUUGCGCCUUUUCUCUCGCCAAAGGCUCGCCAGCGUCGACUCGAGUCCAUCAGCUAUCAGCUAUCACUUCACAGCGCAGCUCAAAUCGGACAUCGGCUGCUGGGCAGUCCCCAUCACCGGCAACUGUCCCGGCGCCCAUCGACCGGUUCCACUUUCGAACUUCCCAGUUCCCACCCCAUCCCCCUCUCCCAAAUCCCUGCCCGCCACGCACAAUCUAUCUGCACCCCUGCCCAGCCCAGCAGACUUGCCAUGGCCCCGCGAUACCUCGUGAUCGCGCCACCCCACCCCACCCUCGGCGACACCAACACCGACGCCUAUCUGCAGGCGGCGCUCGAGGACAUCGUCACCAACUACCCGCCGCGCAGCCGGUAUGCGCCCGAGGCGCUGCACGGCCUCUGGAGCGGGCCGACCGGCAUGGCGUACCUGCUGCUGCAGGCGUCGUCGCUGCGGCCCGGCCUCACCGUCAGCGGCCGCCCAGCGGAGCACUGGGCCCGCGCCUACAUCGCCGAAGGCUCGCGCGGCCACAACCUGCGCCUCGGCGCUCACGGCUGCGGUAUCGGCGACGAGCGGCUGGCCUAUGAGGCCGUGCGCUGCGCCGUGACCCGCGACCCGCGCGACGUGCGCCGGUUCGUCGACUCGGUCGGCCAGGUCAUCGCCGUCGACGACUACCCGGACGAGAUGCUCUACGGCCGCGCCGGCACUCUGUAUCUGCUGCGCAUGGCCCGCCACUGGGCCCCCGCCAGCAGCGAGCUCGUUGACCCGGCCAUCGCCGAGAUCUCCAACACCAUCCUGAACCGCGGCCCGCGCUGGACCUGGCACGGCCGCCGCUAUCUGGGCGCCGUGCACGGCGACAUCGGCAUCGUCACCCAGCUGGUCCUGACCUCGCCCUCGCUCGCCCCCCGCCUGCAGCCCGUCGUCGAGGCCCUGCUGGGCCUGCAGCUGCCCGACGGCAACUGGCCCAGCUCCGAGGAGAGCGGCGCCGCCGGCAAGGGGCUCGUGCAGUUCUGCCACGGCGCCCCCGGCUUCGUGCUGUCGCUGCUGGCCCUGCGCCCGCAUUUCCCGGCCCUGCACGCCCGCAUCGACGCCGCCGUCGGCAGGGCCAGGGAGUGCAUCCGGACCCAGGGGCUGCUCCGGAAGGAACCGAGCCUGUGCCACGGCAUCUUCGGCAACGCCCUGUAGGUGCCUGCCCAUCCC